CUUAAACUCGACACAAAAAGCAGACAAGACGCAUUCAACCGUUGCUUAUAUCCUCUGGUCCAUUUGAUACCCCCACUAGAUAUGGCAACUGGACCUUUCCGCCUUAAGAACGGCAGAAGAAGUCCCAGGAUUACGUCAAGUCAAGAGAGACUUCCAAGCUAUGAUAGUGAUGGAGAGAGCCUCGACUCUGAUACAGAUUCCCUUGCAAGUGAGAACGUAAACCAGAUGUUAGACUCAGAUUUCUCACCGCGRAGCAGUACGUCAAGUGCAGGUUAUUUGUCGCCCUUUGAUUUCAACUUCGAGUCUUUUCAGUCCUCUCCGACUGAUAAACGUCCAACAAAUCUUCUUGAAAAGUCAAUAGCUAGUCUUCCUGCGGGAUCUGAUUUGAAAAACACAUURAUUUUUAUACGAAAACAAAUGAAACAGUGUUUAAUGAGACUAAAAGAACUCGAAGAAACAGCUCGUAAYGUUCCCACUUUACACGUACGGAUCUCCGUCCUACAAGAAGAAAAACGACAACUUUUGAAACAAUUACAAACUAAAAUGUCAUUGAAAAAGAGUCGUUAUKGUUGUAAUGACUUGUACUAUAGUGCUAUAAGACAGCGAGGUUGUAAAAGCGACACAGAGGAYGAUGAUGAUGAUGGUUUUUCGUCUGUGAGGCGGAAAUUACGCGCGAAGCUUUCUUCGUCAGCAACAUCAUUGCACGAAAUACAAGAUGUAUAUAAAUGCGACAAUGACAAGACAAGCGAAACAACUGAUGUUUCUUAUCUUGAACGUACUAAAGACUGCCAACCUAAGAUUGAUGUAAUCAACAGACGUCUAGUAGGGGAGCGCGAUCAAAGAAAUAAAGUACAGUCCUCGCGAAAUAUCUCUACUCGUUCCAUUGGUGUUGGGAUGAUGAGGUCGUUUACAAGGGACAUUGGAGUAGGAAACUCAAUGGCUGUCGUAGAAAUGAAGGAUGAAGGCAACCAAAAUGUACCCAUCACGACAACAGUAGCCUGCGAUWCUCUAGGAACAGAUUGUUGUGAUAAAAGCACCAUUGCCAAACCUAUUCUGAAAUCAACUGGUUCACAAUCUAACCUUCCAUUAUGGAUUCCCUUUUCACAACCCGACGUUGAGUGUAGUGCGACUCAGACCCCACCCAAACCCACUAAAGUGUCCAUAGGGGUGGGUCUUUGUACUGUAGAUGAUGACUGUUCGUGUCYGUGUGGUAUGUCUAAGACUGUCGAUGAAAUAAUGGCCAACAAGAUCGUUCUUCCUGUGCUGAUAUCGAGAGGUGUCGGUGAUUUGUCUGUAGAAGACGCGCAUUUAUGUGAUAAUUGUUGCCGAACCGUUGCUUGUGAGAGCGAAUUAAAGCAUAAAACUGUAGGUGUUGGCUCAUGCCGAGUAACAGACACAUUUUGUACAAAUUGUGACACMAAGAAAACUCGUUCGAUUGGUACAGGCGAUAGAAGCAUUCAUGACGUCAUCGAAAUAACUCCACAACCAGCUCCCGACAACCAUCGCGCGUUCUGUGAAAAURUAAGCAGGACGAUAGGAGUUGGUGAUUGUCGUGUGACAGACAAUGACUGUCGACGCUGUYUGAAUCUACAGACAAAAUCUAUUGGCGUAGGUUGUGAUGAGGUUAAUUCAUUGCAGAAAAAUAAAGACAAAUACAUCGAAGGAUCAGUAACAUUUCAUAUUAAUGGUCAUUUAGACCCUCAGACAUUUGGUAUUGAUGAUAAAAAGCUUCUUGAUGAUAGUGAGACUGCAAGCAACGGUAGCGCUACAUUAACCCAUGUGAGUAGCGAGUCACAUGAUUCUGAUGAAUCAAGUAUUGACCACGACAACCCUAGCAGUGACAGCACAGGACAGAUGAGCGAGCCUUCGAAUACACCCAAUGGUCAGCMGUCAGGUAGUAGGGUAAGUGAGGAUGUAUUAUCAGCCUGCAAACUUCUACAUGGUCAUCUUUACAACGGAAAAGAAGUUGGAAGAGAGCAGUUGGGAAAUAACGCCCUCCAUUACGCCGUCACCUAUGGCAACUGGAAGGUUGUCGACGUCCUUCUUUCUACUCAUGGCAUCAACGUGGAUUUGUUUAAUCAGGCUGGUUAUACCGCAGUGAUGUUAGCUUCGCUGACAGGAUUACAAAGAGAAGGAGUCAAAGACAUUGCACGAAGACUUUUAGAUAUGGGUGACGUCAACAAAAAAGUCGAAGAGACUGGGCAAACACCGUUGAUGCUGGCCGUGUCUUGCGGGAAGGUGGACAUGGUGGAACUAUUGCUUGAARCUGAUGCAGAUAUUAAUGCCCAAGAUGACGAAUGUUCGACAGCGUUGAUGUGUGCCUGUGAACAUGGACGCACAGAUGUUGCACGAAUACUGUUAGCCAGUCCAAACUGUAACUCCAGCGUGCAAGACAAUGAGGGAAGCACUGCUCUGUCAAUAGCUAUGGAACGUAAUUUUCAUGAUCUGGCAUUGUUGAUUUAUGGUCAUUCAAACUUCACAUAUCACACUCAAUGGAAUAAGAAAAUCUCCACCGUUUGAUAUAGACCGCACAAGAUUGAUUUCGUCACUAGAAGAUGUAUGUAACAUAAGGCAAAAAGUAGCUGUAAUUUUGUUAUAAUUAAAACAACUAUUAUAUUUUG